AAAAAUUAAGUGCUACUUCGACCACCCAAUAUAUAAAUACUCCUAGUUGUUACUAUACGAAAUCUCCAUAGCAAAGUUUGAGGCUAAAAAGAAGCCAUGGGAAGGCCUCCUUGCUGUGAGAAAGUUGGCGUCAAGAAGGGUCCAUGGACACCUGAGGAGGACAUCAUUCUCGUUUCUUACAUCCAAGAACAUGGUCCAGGAAAUUGGAGAUCAGUUCCUACUAAUACUGGUUUGUCAAGGUGCAGCAAAAGCUGCAGGCUUAGAUGGACGAACUACCUCAGGCCAGGAAUCAAGAGGGGAAACUUCACUUCCCAUGAGGAAGGAAUGAUAAUUCAUUUGCAAGCUCUACUGGGUAACAAAUGGGCAGCCAUAGCUUCGUACCUUCCCCAAAGGACAGAUAACGAUAUAAAGAAUUAUUGGAACACCCAUCUGAAGAAGAAGCUGAAAAAACUUCAAACAGGAUUGGACCCCCACCUUGCAGCAAACUCCACAACAGCUAAUCAGUUUGUUUGUAAGAGUUUUAAUGAGAGAGAGAGUUUAGCUGUGAUGGGAAAUAACCAUGGUUCGUCUCAAAGGUUAAAUCAGUCUCAAUCAUCCACCUAUGCAUCCAGCACUGAGAACAUCUCUCGCCUCCUAGAAGGUUGGAUGAGAUCCUCUCCAAAGACAGACACAACUAAUCUCCUCAAAGCAACCCAAAAUCACACAGAGCUUCAGAGCAACAGCAACAUCGAAAAUGGUAGUAACAUGGCGAAGUCUUCUCUUAGUCUGAUGUCCAACCAAACCAAAGACGAGCGGGAAGAGGGCGGUGGUGAUAUGAUGUCCCAUGAAGAGUUUGAUUCCAUUCUGUCUUAUGAGAACCUUAAUAAUGCUUCUUGGGACAAGUCCACAGGCGAUUCUACGCCUCCAACUCAGGAGAGUUCUGGAGCGGCUGCUGCUGAUGAAGAUGACAAGGUUCGUUUUAUGGCUCAUGAUGAUGAGGGGAAUAAGCAAAGAUCUGAGAACACUACUGCUGAUCCUCCAUUGUCAGUUUUCGAGAAGUGGCUCUUAGAUGAAAAUGUUGGUCAAGUAGAGGAGAUGAUGGAAUUAUCCCUUACUUUCUAACAGAUCAGAGGAUCGAAUAAAUGGAUCCUUGAGUCUAGGAUAUGUGGCAACUCUAAACAUAAUUAGUGUCAUAUGAAAGAGGAGUUUAAAAAAAAAAAAAAGGAAACUGUCUUCUGAAAAGCGUCUAGGUUACUCAAAUCAUAUGUAGAGGAUUUAAGACGCUAGGAUCUUCGUCAACAUGCAUAUAUGUAACUUCAGAUUUAUCAAUGAUUUGUGUCAAGUAAGUUUGUAAUUGGCUUGCCUUGCAGGAAGCUACUCAUCAUGUUUUCUCGCGUCUCAGACAGUAAAUAAUCUUCUAAGACCUCCAGGGAAAUCACCCUCACAAAUGUUAAACCUAUUUUAGCAUUUCUACCUCCCUUUUCUAUA